AUGUCUAGUUGGUUUUACUGGUAUGCUACUUUAUUGAAUGAUAGUGCUAUUUGUUUAUGUCCAACUGGUAUGAUAGAUAAUCGUUGUGAUCAAACAAUACGUAGCUCAUUUUGUUCAUCAUCAUCAUCAUCAUCAUCAUCAUAUUGUCGUAAUAAUGGUACUUGUAUUGGAGCAAUAUAUAUGUAUAUGUCUGAAUGUUAG